AUGGCUACAACUGAAAAUUUGAAUAUUGACGAAAUUGACAAGAAGUACAAUUUGAGACCAUUUGUAGAGGCUACUCCGUCAGAUACUGCUGCAGAAGUUAUCCAAUUGAACUCACUAGAUUUGUCUCUUUUCCAGGAAGGACCAGAUUUCUUGGAUCAGAGAAAAAAACUUGCUACCCAGCUUGAAGAGUCUCUCUCAACUGUAGGAUUUUUCGCUUUGGUUAACCAUGGAAUCAGCCAAGACACGUUUGACCAAUUGAGGUCUGUUGCUCAAUCCACGUUUGAGUUGCCGGAUCAGGAAAAGAAGAAGUACUUGUCUGGAGCAUUGACUUCUGAUACAGAAGACAGAAGUGUUUCAUUAGGUGCGGAAAGAGGUGCCGGAUUCAAACCAAAGGGAUAUUGGUCUAUGAAGAACGGAGUCAAAGAUAGUAUUGAAUUGUACAAUUUCAGGGACUUGCAACAAAGGGAAGUUUAUGAUUCCUCCAAGCCCUACCCAGAGAUAGUGAAAGCACAUCUUCCAAAUGUUGUGAGCUAUUUUAGAUUCAUACAUGGCAAUAUCUUGAAGAAGUUGACUAUUUUAUGUGAUAUUAUAUUAGAGCUUCCAGAAGGUUACUUGUGGGAGAACUACUUCAAGGUUGUGGAUGGUGAUUCCUAUAAUUCAGGAAGUGGAUUCGGAAGAUUCAUGAUCUACCAUGCUUUGAAUCCUGAAGAUGAAGCAAAAGUUGAUAACAAUUGGCUCCGUGGACAUUCUGAUGGCACGGCGUUCACAUUUAUUACAUCCCAGCCUAUCUUGUCAUUACAGAUAAGAGACUAUUAUACUGGUGAUUGGAAGUAUGUUGGCCAUACACCUAACGGACUUAUUGUUAAUAUAGGCGAUGCAUUGGAAUUUAUAACUGGUGCAUACUUCAAGUCUUCUAUACAUCGAGUCGUAACCCCACCUGAUGAUCAGAAAAAUUUUAAAAGAUUGGUAAUCAUUUACUUCUGUGAUCCCAAGCUUCCUUCUAUUCUCGAUCCCGAGCCAUUGAAUUCUCCAAAAUUGAAAAGAUUGGGAUACAGAAAACACGAUGAAUGGGAAAGGAUUACAUUCCAGCAAUGGGACGAGGAAAAAGGUAGAUUAUUUGGAAGGAGUGACGUAAACGAUGCCAAAAGUGACGAACCAAACUUGGUGCUACUCUACGGAAGACUACAUGAAAGGUGGCAUCAAGCAGAACACAAUUUCUCUCUUGAAGAAGCUAGGAAGAAGUAUAAGGUAAUUGAAAACAAAAGUUAA